AUGAAAGAAAAAUGGUGGGUGUUGAUUGAUGAUGAUCACAACAAUACUGUAAUAUUAAUCAUUAUUAGUGGAAUAUUUGCAGAUACUUUGGAAAAGAAGGUGACUCAUAAAGAUGAUGAGAUUUCUCCUUAUGGUCCUGCAAGAAUUCCAGCUAGAAAAUAUGUAGAACAUUCAAAACCAGUUCAAGUAGAUUCAAAACUAUGGAAAAAGAAGAAUAUUGAAAACAAGGUAGAUGAAUUGGUUGAUUUAACUUUUGGUGUAAGACAAGAAAAUUUAGAUCAUCUCAAACAAAUUGUUGAAGAUGUUAGUAAUCCAGAUAGUGCAAAGUAUGGACAAUACUUGAAAUUUGAUGAAGUUAAAGAUAUUGUUAAACCAAAUCCAGAGAAUUUAGAUGCUAUUAUGGGUUGGCUAGGUGAAAACUCUGUGAUUAACGCCAAGGUUAUGAAGACUGGUGAUUUUAUCCGUGCUACUGUACCAGUGUCCAAGGCGGAGGAAUUGCUUGCUGUAAGAUACUCGAAAUUCCAAUCAAAGAUUGCUACCGACGUGUCGUUUUAUCGUUCAACCGAUCCCUACUCGGUACCAUCUCACCUAGUCGACAAGAUUGACUUUAUCGGUGGAGUGAACCAUUUGCCAACCGUACCCAAACAAAAAAACACCGAUGCUACCAAGGGAAGCAACAAGUACUUGUUCCCACAUGUCACCCCACAGGUCAUCUAUGACAGUCUAAACAUGUCUAAUGCACCAACUACCAGAUCCAAAAUGAAUGGACAGGCCAUUGCCCAGUUCCUCGAGGAGUAUUACAGUCCUUCAGACUUUGACAUCUUCCAACGCCGUUUCGGUAUGCCCAAACAAGACGUCAGCAACAUUGUCGGACCCAACGUCGAAGACAACCCGGGUAUGGAGACUGCACUCGACAUCCAGUACAUCACUGCUGUCGCACCCAACAUCAACACUUGGAUUGUAAGUCUACCCGGUCGACAUGAAGGUCAGGAGCCAUUCCUCGACUGGCUCAUUGAUAUGGCCGACAUGAAGGAUCUACCUUGGGUACACUCCAUCUCGUACGGUGAUGAUGAGAAUACCAUCGAUCCAGCCUACACCAAACGUGUCGAUGUUGAAUUCCAAAAGUAUGCUGCGAUGGGUCGAACCAUGCUCUUUGCAUCAGGCGACAGCGGCACUGGAUGUGACAAGGCGUGCAAGACCUAUGUCCCCAACUGGCCAACAUCCUCACCCUACGUCCUCUCUGUCGGCGGUGUCGUCUACAAGGGUGUCUAUGACAUGGACGGUGACCAAAUCUCAGGUGGAGGGUUCUCCAACUACUUUAGCUCACCACCCUACCAAUUGGACCACGUUCAAAACUAUUUUGACCAAAUCAACGGGUCCUAUCCAUACCAUCAAUCCAAUCUGCUCGGUCGUGGAUACCCAGACGUCAGCUGUUACUCUGAACAUCUAGUCAUUGUACACAACCGUAGAUUCAUCAUCAUCGGAGGUACCAGUGCAUCCACUCCCAUUGUCGCCGGUCUCAUAUCACUCAUCAAUGAAGAAAGAUUCAAUGCCAACAAACCUCCAGUUGGUUUUAUCAAUCCACUUCUCUAUAAAAUCGCCAAAGACCACCCCGACGCUUUCAAAGAUAUUCAAACUGGUGAAAACCAAAAUGGAUGUUGUCAAGAAGGUUAUCAUUGCAAAGAAGGUUGGGAUCCAGUUACAGGUCUCGGUGUUCCAAACUUUAACAAGUUAUUAAAAUAUGCUAUGGACUAUUAA